CGUCGCUGACGCUCUCAUCAACGACGAUAACGAACAAUGGCCGGCGCGCUGCAGAACGCCAAGCGGGAUCUCCCCAAGAUCAGGGAUGAGGAGCACGAGAGCAGGUUCGGCCAGGUCUUUGGCGUGUCCGGCCCCGUCGUCAUUGCCGAAAACAUGAUUGGCGCUGCUAUGUACGAGUUGGUGCGCGUUGGCCACGAUGAGCUCGUAGGAGAGGUCAUCCGUAUUGAAGGGGACAAGGCGACAAUCCAGGUCUACGAGGAGACAUCCGGUGUCACCGUAGGCGACCCGGUGCUGAGAACAGGGAAGCCGCUCAGUGUCGAGCUUGGUCCUGGUCUUAUGGGGAACAUCGUGGAUGGAAUUCAGCGUCCGUUACGAUCUAUCCAAGAGCUGUCCAAAUCCAUCUAUAUUCCCCGUGGUAUUAACACCGACGCACUCGACCGCUCGCUUUCCUGGGACUUCACCCCGACGACUUACAAGGUUGGCGAUCACAUCACGGGAGGCGAUAUCUAUGGUGGUGUAUACGAGAACUCGCUCGUCAACAACCACAAGAUCAUGCUUCCGCCACGCGCACUCGGUACCAUCACGCACAUCGCGGAGAAGGGCAGCUACAAGGUCGAUGACGUCGUUCUCGAGACUGAAUUCGACGGCAAGACCACGAAGCACACGCUCAUGCAGCUAUGGCCCGUCCGCGCGCCGCGUCCUGUCGCGGAGAAGCAGACUGCCGAUCAUCCUUUGCUCACUGGCCAGCGUAUCCUCGACGCUCUCUUCCCUUGCGUACAGGGCGGUACGACCGCCAUUCCGGGCGCCUUUGGCUGUGGCAAGACAGUCAUCUCGCAAGCUCUGUCCAAAUUCUCGAACAGCGACAUCAUUGUCUACGUGGGAUGUGGUGAGCGCGGUAACGAGAUGGCUGAAGUCUUGAUGGAGUUCCCUGAGCUCACGAUGGAGGUCGGCGACCGCCAGGAGCCCAUCAUGAAGCGCACUACCCUCGUCGCCAACACGUCCAACAUGCCUGUCGCCGCGCGUGAAGCGUCCAUCUACACUGGUAUCACGCUGUCCGAGUACUUCCGUGAUCAGGGUUCCAACGUCGCGAUGAUGGCCGACUCGACGUCUCGCUGGGCUGAGGCGCUGCGUGAAAUUUCUGGUCGUCUUGCAGAGAUGCCGGCCGACUCUGGCUACCCUGCUUACCUCGGUACGAAGCUCGCGAGUUUCUACGAGCGUGCAGGCAAAGUCACGACUUUGGGCAACCCCAGCCGCCAGGGUACGGUGUCGAUUGUCGGCGCUGUCUCCCCUCCUGGUGGUGAUUUCUCCGAUCCCGUCACUGCGUCCACCCUCGGUAUCGUGCAGGUCUUCUGGGGUCUCGACAAGAAGCUCGCGCAGCGCAAGCACUUCCCCUCCGUCAACUGGUCCGUCUCGUACUCCAAGUACACCAAGGUCCUCGAGCCGUACUACGAGUCCACCGAGCCUGGCUUCGUCGAGCUCCGCACCAAGACGAAGGAGAUCCUGCAGAAGGAGGAGGACCUCGCCGAGAUCGUGCAGCUCGUCGGCAAGUCCGCGCUCGGCGAGGCCGAUAAGAUCACACUCGAGGUUGCGCGCAUGUUGAAGGACGACUUCUUGCAGCAGAACGGCAUGAGCGAGUACGAUCGCUACUGCCCCUUCUACAAGACGAGCGCGAUGUUGCGGAACUUCGUCGGGUUCCACGACGCGGCGGUGAAGGCGACGGCGCAGAACGACCUCACGUUCGCGAAGAUCAAGGACAGCACGAGCGAUGUGAUGUUCAAGCUCUCGCAGAUGAAGUUCGAGUCCCCGUCACAGGGCAAGGAGCCCAUCAAGCAGAAGCUCGAUGCGCUGUACACCGAAAUCCAGGACCGCUUCCGCCAGAUCGUCGAGUAAAUAAUUCAAAUGCGCGACCGCUUGCCAAAGCGCGGGGAAGGCUCUUCCCGCGAAUGCGAUGGAUAAUUCGCGCUCGCGGUUCGAGGAUGCCCGCCGCGUAUGUUAUAUCCUGGACGCUUUAGCAGUAGUCUUUCUUCCAUCUGGCAGGUUUCUCUGUAUCCUCAAUAUCGUUAUGCGCUCAUGCCUGGAAUACCAUGAAUUUCAUGAAACUUUGAAAGUCCCGUC